UGCCCUACAACCUUUGUUUUUCUACAUGUCUCUUUUGCUUUGAUGAUGGCAUAAGAUUCUUUCAUCUUUCAUUGAAAGUGAUGUGGGGUAUCAUUGCAACGUUCUAGAAAAGUUCGUUAGCACAACGCUUUCAUUGAAAGCGGAUUAAGCCCUGCCUUCACCACAACGCUUUCUUCAUCUUUCAUCUUCAUCUAAUUUCACUGUUUGUUGAUUGCAACGACUGCCUUUUUUUAUCUUCAAAUCCUUCCCUUGCAAAAAAAAAAAAAAUCCUUCCCCUUCAAAUCGUUUCCCUUGAGUUUUAGCACCCUUCUUCUUUCCAUUGUUUGCGUUCACUUCCUUUGAUCUUCUUCAAAUUUCUUUGUAAAAAGCAAAAAAAAAAAAAAAAAGGCCGAUUUGCUGGUUGAAACUCCUCUCUCUGCUUUCCUCCAAGUUAUUUUCGAAAGGUUGGCUUCCCGUGAGGUCUUAGACUUCAUUAAAGGAAAGAAACUUGAAGAUGGCCUUCUGAAGAAACUGAAGCCAACUCUCAUGUCAGCUAAUGUAGUGCUGAAAUAUGCUGAAAAUGAGCCUAUUAUCGACAAGGAUGUCAGAGCCUUGAUUGAUGAGCUCAAAGAUGCUGUUUAUUCUGCAGAGGACCUCCUCGAUGAGAUCGCUGCUAUAGCUCUUCGAAGUAGGAUGGAACCCGAGGGUCAAACUAGUAUGGCAACGAAGGUAAGCCGCUUUUUCUCUUCUCUCAAUCCUUUCGAAAGGGGGAUGGAGUCAAAGCUUGGGAAGAUCUUUGAGCAACUAGAAUAUCUACUCAACCAAGAAGGUAUCCGCGGUUUGAAAGAAUAUUGUAAAGGAGAGAAGAAAUUUCAAAGAUCUCGUCAAACUUCUUCGGUGGAUGAAUCUGGUGUUUUUUAUGGCAGAGAUGGUGAAAAAGAAGCAAUAAUGCAGUUGUUGCACCCAGAAAUUCUAACUGAAAAUCAGAUUGAUGUGAUUCCAAUAGUGGGUAUGCCCGGGGUUGGUAAAACCACCCUUGCACAAUUUAUCUUCAAUGACGAGAGAGUGAAGGAAUGGUUUGACCUCAAAGCAUGGGUGUGUGUUUCAGACCAAUUUAAUGUUUUCAGAGUAACCAAAGCCAUUCUUGAUGAGAUUACUUCUGGUUGUGAUGAUAGUCAGAAUCUAUACCAGCUUCAACUUAGACUAAAGGAGAAGCUGUUGGGAAAGAAGUUUCUAUUUGUUUUAGACGAUGUUUGGAACGAGAAUUAUGAAGACUGGGACGAUCUGAGAAGACCUUUCACUUCUGGGGCACAAAACAGCAAGAUUAUCGUAACAACACGUAAUGAAAGGGUUGCAUCCAUUAUGAAGACUGUUCAAACUUGUCCUCUUGGUAUCUUAUCUGAUGAUGAUUGUUGGAAGAUAUUUGCAAAACAUGCAUUUGUUGAUGGAAUUCCAAGCAUGCAUAGAGAUCUGGAGGUAAUCGGUGAAGCCAUUGCCAAAAGAUGCAUAGGCCUCCCUCUAGCAGCCAAUGCACUUGGAGGUCUUCUGCGUUGGAAAGAUGCUGAUGAAUGGAAUGAAAUAUUAGAAAGCGAUUUGUGGGACAAACUAGAAAAGGAAGGUACUACUAUUCCUUCAUCUUCAAGAUUAAGUUAUCAUUAUCUUCCUUCAAAUUUGAAGCGCUGCUUUGCAUGUUGUUCCAUUUUUCCUAAAGAUUAUGAAUUCAAAAAGGAAGAACUCAUUCUACUAUGGAUGGCUGAAGGUCUUUUACAAAUUUCCGAAAAUGAUGGCAACGCGGAAGGUAACAAGCACUUCAAAGAUUUAGCAUUCAGAUUGGAAGGUAGUGGUGGUUCAUUUGAAAUAACUGAAAAGACUCGUCAUUUAUCCAAUGUUCAAGAAGAAUAUGAUGUGCUUCGGAAAUUUGAGCCAUUAUCUGAGGAAAAAAGUUUGCGAACAUUCUUGACUUUAGAAGGUUCAUCUCUAUUCAUUCAUUGUGUUACCAGCCAACUGCUUGAUUUGAUAACAAAAUGUAGAUGCUUGCGAGUAUUUUCUUUGGCUAAUUAUCUUAAUGUCAAUGAGUAGCCGAAAGAAAUUGGCCAUUUAAAAUAUUUGCUAUAUUUGAAUCUUUCCAAUACUAAAAUUAAAUGUUUGCCAAACUCUUUGAGUACAUUAUAUUAUUUGCAAACAUUAAUAUUGUUUGAAUGCGGGGGGCUUGUGAAGUUGCCAAAAGACAUGUACCGAUUGAUCAACUUGCAACAUCUCGAUAGUCGGAAAACAGAGUUAGAAAGGAUGCCUGAAGGAAUGGGUAAGUUGAAAGAUCUUCGAAUAUUAACAGAUUUUGUUUUGGGCGACCAAAAUGGUUCAAGGAUUAAUGAGUUAGGAAAGCUCAAGCAUAUACGUGGAAGCCUUGCCAUUUCAGGUUUAGAAAAUGUUGCCCAUGCAAGGGAUGCCAAAGAUGCCAAUUUGAAGGUUAAGAAGGACCUUAAGGAGUUGGAGUUGCUGUGGAGUUGUGAUCAUCGAAAUGUUGAUAAAAGACGUGAAAAAGAAGUACUUGAACAACUGGAGCCCCAUACAAACUUGAAGCGUCUUGUCAUUAGACAUUAUGGAGGUACAAGAUUUCGGGAAUGGAUCGGACAUUCUUCCUUCUCAAAAGUAGUUUCUGUGGAGUUAAGCGAUUGUGAAUAUUGUUUGUUCUUUCCACCGCUUGGGCAAUUAUCAUCUUUGGAAUCUCUCUCUAUUUCAGUGUUUACCAAAGUAGCAACAGUAGGUGAUGAUAAUGGUGGUUUCUACGGGCAUUGUGAUGCAUGGAGUACACCAUUUGGAUCUCUUAAAACUCUUAAGUUUUUCGAAGAUGCCAGAGUGGAAAGAAUGGAAGCUUUGUUCGAGAGAUGAUGCUUUCUCUAGUUUGCAAGAGCUAAUCAUAAGAGAUUGUCCCAAGCUAACCAAUUCUCUGCCCAAGCACCUCGCAUCUUUGACGAAACUUGUGAUCGAAUCUUGUGGAAAUCUUGAUGGCUUGCUUCCUAGGUUACCAAGCAUUUGCAAACUUCAAUUACGGUAUUGCGAUGCAUUGCAAUUGGUGCAAUUGCCUUGUGGGCUUCGAUAGUUCGAUAUUUGCAAUCAGAUUAUCAAUGAUUCCAUAUUGGAGCAGAUGAUGCAACACUGCACUCGUCUUGAAAAGUUAACUAUGUGGUAUUGUUCUAAUCUCAGAUCCCUUCCUGAAGGUAGUCUUCCUAUAACGCUAAAGCAAUUGACAAUCAAGGGUGGUGUCUUGGAUUGUUUCAAAAUCCCCUUGUAUACGUCCCUUGAAUCCUUGCAGAUAGCAGGCGGAAGGUGUCAUCCCCUAGAAUCUUUACCGUUAGGAUCAUUUCCUAUGCUAAAUAAUCUUUAUUUACAAUGCGACAACUUGAAAUGGAUUGGUGCAUCAUCAGAGGGGCCUCCACCACCAGCAUCUCGCAUGUCUCAAAUCUUUGGUAAUAUCUAAUUGCCCUAAUUUUAUAUCUUUUGAAAUUGAAGAGGGAUUAUCUGCCACCAAUUUAACCUCACUUACCGUUUCCUCUUGCGGAAAUUUAAAGUCAUUUCCAGAGCAUAUGCACUUCCUCUUCCCAUCCCUUGAGGAAUUGAAAAUAUCAACUUGUCCAGAAAUAGAGUCAUUUCCAAGAGAGGGUUUGCCCUCCAAAUUAAAAACUAUUUCUAUCUUUGAAAGUGGUAAGCUGAUUGCGGGCAUGACGAGGAGGGAAUGGAGUUUGCAAACACUCCCUUUUCUUACACACUUCAAAAUCGUGAGUUCAAAAUUAGAGAUAGUGUUUUCCAGAUGAACAUCUGCUGCCCUCUUCUCUUACUGAUCUUGUGAUAUGUGGUCUUCCAAGUCUUAAGCUUUUGAACAGCAAGGGCUUUCAACACCUCACCUCUCUUCGCCAAUUGCAUAUCAGCCAUCUUUCGGAGCACGAUUACUACAAGAGAACUUAGUUCCAUUCACUCACAUGUGCAAAAGAGUCUUUUCCCGAUGAACAUCUGCUGCCCUCUUCUCUUACCGAUCUUUACAUUUGUGGUUUCCCAAAUCUUAAGCUUUUGGACGAUAAGGGCUUUCAACGCCUCUCCUCUCUCCGCAAUUUGUCUAUCGUACACUGUCCAACACUCGAAUCCAUGCCGGCAAAGGGGCUCCCUGACUCUCUUUCUUAUAUUUGGAUUUACUAUUGUCCUUUGCUGAGAGAAAGUUGCAAGAAGGGCAAGGUAAAUAUUGGCCGAUCAUUUCCCACGUCCCUGUCAUUUGGAUUGACUAUCAACUGAUUAUAUAGCAAUACUCAGAAGCCAAAUGUGUCAACGUGUCCCUUUGCCAUUAUUAACGUAAUUAACUCAGGAUCAGAAUUAUCCUCAAUACUUGGAUGGAUUGGCCUCAAGCUCUGCAUACUUCAUUUGAAAUUUUGGUUUCUUAGAGUUGCAAUGUUGAUGUGCUCAGAUUUGACCUCAGUAAAGAAUAGGGAUUUCAACUCUUUCCUUCUCUUCUUAUGGAAUCACUGGCAACCGUAUUCUUUAAUCAGACUAGAAGCACUGUCGUGGUUAUCAAGAUGAUUCAUUCAGUCCAAGGACUGCUUCUUUUGAAAGAGCUCUUAGUUUGAAGGUUUUCCAUAGUCACUGUGGAUCCUAACUUCUAUAGGAAUGGCUGUUUUCUAAAGACAAUAAAGAAUGUGGGGCAUUCUCUCAUGUUGAAGAACGUUAAUGUCAUAAGUUAAUUGACAUCUUGCCCUUUCAAUGGAAAUUGAGAAUAAUGGAGGCCGAGAAGUUGUGGGAUGACCUCGGAUUGCAGCAAUCCAUGAACUGGAGUUGGUUGAAUUUGAUUUGUUACCUUUUGAGGGACUGCUUUGUGGUCUGCGCAUGGUGAAAAUUAGAGAUUGCAAUACUCCCAGCUAAAGGAACUGGUGUAGUGUCAUUCCAUUGAAGAGGUGAUUCACUCUAUGCUAGCUGUCUAUUGUUUAGUCAUCACUGAGGUGUAGUAUUUCUCUGUUUUUAAGUAGCAAUUUUAUAAUUUAUUUAAUUGAUGUUCUUCAAUCUUCAUAAAGAGGAAAAUAAGUACUUGUUGAGUAUUUUUUUGGGGUAGAACAAAUCAAAUUUUGAAAAUGAUUUUGUGGGGUAUUGUAUUCACUUCAAGCAUAAUUAGUGUGAAUAUUGAUGAUUUUGCUUUUGGAUGGAAUCAAAACUACAACUGAUACUUAAUAUAUGGCAAAUUGCUUUACGUUUACAAGCUACCAUCACCCUGGUUACUUCUGAGCUUUGUUGCAAAUUCUAAUUGAUGAUUGCCAUCAAAAUGAAGUGCUUCUUCCAUAAAUUGCCUUAGGCUGGAGGUGCAAUAGGUCAUUUUUCUAUCCCAGAAUUAUCUGCAUGACAGUCUUCGAUGGUUCGGCAGCUUUGUGUCAAACUCUGCAUAUUUCUUUUCAAAUUUGGAUUUCCUGAAGCAGCAAUGCUGAUGUGCAUAGAUUUUAAAUCAAUAAAGAAUAAUGACCUUUACUCUUUCAUUCUCUUAGACACUCUGACGUCAUUGACUACCAUAUUGUCUAGUUCAUUCUAGAUGCCCUGUCUUUUUUUCCAUGAUUCUUUCAGUUCAAGGACUACUCAAACAACUUGAACAGCUGCUCUUAAAAGAUUUCUCCACUUGAGGGUUUUCCUGAGUAGCAAGUACGGAUCCUAACUUUCAUGGAUAUUCAAUCCAUUAUAUUCUUCUCUUGGUCUUCCACUAAACGACCUACUGGGCUACAACAAAUCAAAUUAGGAGAUUGAGGCUAGAAGAGAAUGAAGAACUCGGUUUUGGGUAAGAGGUUCUACUUUGAGAGUGGAAAUGAGGAAGCUGAAGAGAAAGUGUUUAACAGACGUAAAGGAGAAGAUGAUGGAAAUGUAUCUAAUGCUUCUGAUACAUCAGCUGAAAACCAGCAGCAGAACAAUCCCACUUCCUAUGACACUUCAUGGGCUCAAAGCUACUGGCAAUCUAUUGAUCUUGUGCUAGUGUACCAUCUCCGAAUAUCAGGCUUUUGGGUACUCCUGCACCUUCUGGUUUAGGCAGUUCAUUUCUUUCCAAAUCGCCUCAAAGGCAUCUCUACUACCAACUGUAGAUGAUCAAAUAUAGCCUCAAAGACAUAGUUUGCACUCUCUGGUACAUCUGAACCAUCAAGGAGACACUCUCUGAGAGUAGAUGAGAAAAUAUCUAAGUUCUCCCAUGAACAUCCGGACCUCCUAUGGGCAAGCUGUGCUAAAAGGCAUGGCAAUUCUUACCGACUCAUAAAUCCUUCCAAAAUGUUGGCUUACUUUCAGGUUUGGCUUGUGCAAAUAUUUUUGCUUUCAUUAAUUUGAGAAAAUUAAUAUCGUAAUGCAAGUAUUGACUUGUGCAUUUCCACUUUUAGAUGUAAUCAGAUCUACAACUGAUACUUAAUUUUUGGCAAAUAUUUUUACAGCCUCCUAUCACCCUACUUCUGAGUAUUGGUUGCAAAUUCUAAUAGAUGAUUUCCAUCCAAAUGUAAUUCCUUUUGCAUGAGCUGCCUUAGCAUGGAGCUACAAGAGCUCAUUUUUCUAUCCCAGAAUUAUUUGAAUGUCAGUUUUUGAUGGUUUGACAGCUUUGCAUCAAGCUCCACUUCAUUUCAAAUUUGGAUUUCUUAGCGAAGGGCCAUCAAUGUGCACAACUUUCAAAUCAAUGAAGAAAAACUUCUUUUACUCCUGUCUCCUGUAUUGCAUGAAAUCAGUGACUACCAUAUUCUCUAGUUUAUACCAGCAACACUGUCUUCCUUCCUUCAUUCAUUCAGUUCAAGGACUACUCAAAAGAACUCGGACAGGUGCUCCUCUGGAAAGAUCUCCCAAUUUGAGGUUUUUCCUGAGCACUAAUUGCGGACAUGGGAACUAGGUUUUUCUGAAGAGAAUGAGGAAUGCAGGGGCAUUCUCUCAUCUUGAAGAACUUUACUUAAGAUUGUCCUAAGCUAAUCGACAUCUUGCCCUUUCAAUGAAACUUGAGAAUAGUGAGGGGGGGAAGUUUGUGGAUUACCUUCCAAUUACAGCAAUCCAUGAAAUGGAGUUGGUAGACUGUGAUUCCUUGGCUUUUGAGGGAAAUUUUGAGAUUGCAACCUCCCAACUCAAGGAACCAGUAUCACGUCAUUCCUAUGACGAGAUGGAUAGUUCCCUAAUUAACGCAGGUUUUUUAUCCAAGUAAACAGUUCAAGAAAUAGAAGCAACAUUUUCAGAUAUGAUAAAAACUAGGAGGUGCAUUAGACAUCCGUUCCCUGAAAUGAUAAAGGCAAUGAUUGGUGUCAAGUGCUUGAAUAAGAAGCAUUAGUUGUUUUCAGAUAUGAAGAAAACCAGGUAGCUUUUCUUUCUUUCUUUUUUUUUUUCCUUUUAAUUCCAGUGUUUGUGAUGGAUCAAGAAAUUUAUCUGUAAACAAUUGAUUAUUAUACAUCAUUGACUAUUAAUGGUGACUCAGGAUUGCUUAGUUCUUUUAAAUUCCUAUUAUCCUUUCAAAGUUUUUCAAGUUAUUGAGAUGUUUCAAAGUUUUUCAAGUUAUUGAGAUGUAUUAUCGGAAUUUGAACUUUGUAGAUCUCAGCAACUUAUAGAACUUGACAAAGGCAGGUUAAUUUUAUCCUUUCUGUGGGUUGCUCUAUAAAAAUGCAUUUUUUUUUUUGUUGUACCAGAAAGACUCACAACCCUCCGUGGCUUAUUACUUGCUGUUUAUGUUUUUCUCUUUGAGUUCUUAAUGACCAAAUGAAAAGUAUUUCACCACAUUCUUAACAGAUACUUUAUCUAGUUCUUCCAGUAAAGGACUUACAACAAAGCAAAUGCAGGUAACUUGUGGCAAUAACUAACUAUUAUUAUCAAAAUUUUGGAGGUACUUUUCUGGAAAUUUUAUACUAGUUUGAAUUUAAACCUAUGCCAACCAGGUAAAGUCACUAAUUCACCAUUUUUAGAACAUAUUUUGUAACUAGAACAAAUAAUUUUGUGAUUGCUUUAUUGGAUUCAGGCACAACUAAGGUUAACAUUUGUGGUUUUUUGGUUAGUGCUAAAUGUAUUUUCCAUAGUACAGUCUGUGACUUCUGCUUUCUGGGAUACAAAGUAGACCUGCAACUAGCGAUCUUCAAUUGUUAUGCAUAAGGCUGCCAGUUGCUAUUUGAGAGUUUUUCAAGUUAUCAAGAUGUGUUAGCAGCGCUUGGACUCUGGAGAUCUCAGUAACUCACAAAACUUGACAAAGGCCGGACAAAUUUAUGCUUUCUUUAAGUUUACUCUAUAAACAUGUGCCCUUUAUAUAAAGAUACCUGAUCCAGUAUAUUCUUUUCUGGCUCUUCUACUAAAUGACCUACAAGUAAUCAAAUGCAGCCACAGUGUGAGCUUCUAUGGCUAGUGCUGAAAGAUAUGUUUCCAUAACGCGGCGGGGGUGAUUUCUAUUUUCUGGGAUGGAAAGUAUGUAGAUCUGCAACAAAUGAUCUUCUUUGUCUGUGCAUUGCAUUCCAGGCUGGCAGUUGCUAUUUGAGAUUACGCACCAUGAAAAUUUCAAGCCGUCUACUACCAGCUUGAGCAAGAGGUUGAAUGUGUUUGUAGCAAGUUGGACACGCUUCAUCUUAAAUUUUGGAUUGUUAAAAGCAGCCUAGAGGAUGAUCUUUCAUUCUUCGCACUCUUCGUAUUGGGAUAUCGAUUCCUUUCCUUUGGAACUUUAGAGUUGAAUAACAGCCACAAUCGCAAGUCCACACCCAGCAGGCAUUUUCAUGAGCGUUCUGCAGAUUCAACAGAUAAGGGGGAGAGGAAGACCUUCUCUCAAACACAUUGUGUAUGCUGAAUCAACAACGAAAUGUUUUAUGUGAUUGAAGUCAGAUAUCGAUUAUAAUUUCUGGAUUCUUGUUUAGUUUUUGUUCAUGCAGUAGUUCACUUCAUAAAUUUUCGUUUUUUCCCUUUUAAAUUAUUAAUUUCUUGUAAACUUUUUGGGUGAAUCGUUUCGCCCAAGGACUUUGACAUAGUUGGAGCUUUCAAGAACAAAUGAA